UGAGGAAGAAGAAUGGCCUGAACCUGGGAGGUGGAGCUUGCAGUGAGCCGAGAUCACGCCACUGCACUCCAGCCUGGGCGACAGAAUGAGACUCUGUCUCAAAAAAAAAAAAAAAAAAAAAAAAAAUUGUCUGUGGAUGAUGAAAGGCUUAGAAUAGCCACGGUCAAAGAUGAAAUUGACCAGGCUAUUUGGUUAUUUGUAUGGCAUACAACAGUUUAUCAUAAUAAUUAUGAUAAUGAUAUACUGAUAACAUAUACCGAGACAUAUCAGACUUUUAGGAAUGUCAUACAAUUUUGGAACACAUUAAUAAUACACUUGUCCUUUCGGCCGGAACCGCCAUCUUCCAGUAAUUCACCAAAAUGACAAACACAAAGGGAAAGAGGAGAGGCACCCGAUAUAUGUUCUCUAGGCCUUUUAGAAAACAUGGAGUUGUUCCUUUGGCCACGUAUAUGCGAAUCUAUAAGAAAGGUGAUAUUGUAGACAUCAAGGGUAUGGGUACUGUUCAAAAAGGAAUGCCCCACAAGUGUUACCAUGGCAAAACUGGAAGAGUCUACAAUGUUACCCAGCAUGCUGUUGGCAUUGUUGUAAACAAACAAGUUAAGGGCAAGAUUCUUGCCAAGAGAAUUAAUGUGCGUAUUGAGCACAUUAAGCACUCUAAGAGCCGAGAUAGCUUCCUGAAACGCGUGAAGGAAAAUGAUCAGAAAAAGAAAGAAGCCAAAGAGAAAGGUACCUGGGUUCAACUAAAGCGCCAGCCUGCUCCACCCAGAGAAGCACACUUUGUGAGAACCAAUGGGAAGGAGCCUGAGCUGCUGGAACCUAUUCCCUAUGAAUUCAUGGCAUAAUAGGUGUUAAAAGAAAAAAAAAAUAAAGGACCUCUGGGCUGUAAAAAAAAAAAAA